AUGCAGAAUGCUGCCAUCAGAUGUUAUGACACUUGUCCCCUUAGAUUUGAACUAUUCAGUGGAACAUCUGGUGGUUGGAAUAGGGAACUUGGGAUUACUUUCGCCUACUACACCAUCAGGGUGCCAGUCUUCAGCUGCCUUCUACCCACAUGCCAAAACCUAGCAGCAUUCACAAUACAGUAUGUUGGUGCCCUUGAAGAGAUGCUCCUCGCAUUAAAGAAACACUCCAGCAAGCCUGCCCCUGAACUGCUGAAUGAAUACUCCCGCAAAGUGAACUUCUUAAAGGGGUUGUUAGAAGCUGAAAAAUUGUCAUCAUCAGCAGAAAAGGCCCUGGCCAAUCAGUUCCUGGCCCCUGGCCGAACUCCCACCACAACCAAAGAGCGAACCCCAGCUACUAAAAUGGUUCAUCUGCAGACUAAGGCUCGCUACACGGGCAGGAUGAGGAGUGAGCUGCUUGGUACCGAUCCCUUGUCAGUCAGUGAGUCCGAGGAGCUAAACUUAAGGAAACGGAAGGGUCUUGGACCUGAAGAGAAGCAGUCAGCAGCUGAGCUCGAUGCCGUGCUAGACCAUCAUCGCAGCGUGCAGGAGAAGCUGGCUGAAGAAAUGCUGAGUUUGGCUCGCAACCUCAAAAACAACACCCUGGCGGCACAGAACGUUAUUAAACAAGAUAACCAGACUUUAUCUCACUCUCUCAGGAUGGCCGACCAGAACUUUGAGAAGCUGAAGGAUGAGUCUGAGCGCCUUGAGCAGCAUGCAAAGAAGUCUGUCAACUGGCUGCUCUGGAUAAUGUUAAUUGUAGUUUGUUUUAUUUUUAUUAGCAUGAUCCUCUUUAUCCGAAUUUUCCCUAAACUCCGAUAACUCCCAUAGCACGCAGGAGCAAUGGGGGGGAAAGCUAGGCAGUCCAUGAUACUCUGUUCAUUCCCAGCAAGUCUCUCUGACCCGUUUGGUAAGCACUCACUCUCAGGCACAGAGCUGACUCUUGACCAUGUGCUGAAGGGGGUCGGCAGAUGCCUGGUCUUCCAUCCUUCCCUUGUGCCCGUGCUGGAGUUGGUGGGACACCUCAUGAUAGCCUGCCUGAGUCGGGUCCGUCUGUGUCCGUUUGCUUAGCUGAUAAGGUGGCUUGUUUCUUGAGAAAGAAAGUGCAAUAAAGAUGGUACUUCAGAGG